AUGUUUGCUGAAGAGAUUCCAAGGUCGAUUCUACCAGAAGAAGACGGCGGAUUCCUUAUAGAAAAUGAUUCAUUCUGCCAUCUUCUUUUUUUUCGGCCAGCAACCAAAAUCUCCUCCGACGUCGGCACCGUCCGUCCAAACGACGCUAACGCUUCAGAAGUCCGUGGGCAGGACAAUGUCAUGUCACCUCUUCUGCAACUUGCCGAGCCCCUGUUGCCAAGUGGCCUGGCAACAAGCAGUUUUGGAUUUGGCAAUGCUGAAGCACCGAUUGUUUGCGAAUCCGGAGCUAGGCAACCUCGGUCGGGCGAGAAAAGUUCGGAACUGCCCAACUCAACACAAGUGGUAGUCAAAGACAAGACGACAAGCAAGGAAGAUAAAUCUGAACCAACGGAAAUCAAGGUGAAACGAUGUCUUACCCAAGAGCAGCGGUCCCUUCUGCUUGAGGCGAUCAGCGAUGCGAUAGCGUGUGACCAGGACAAUUAUUCUUAUGAAAUGGCAUCAGACAAGAUUGAAAUUCAGAUGGAGAAAUCGGAAUUUAUGGUGUCAUGGUUCGCUUCGAGAGUAGCAGAGGCCAAGCAAGAAUACAACCUGGCAAAAGCGUCUUUUGACGAAGCCUUCUUGAACGCGAUGUGCCUCCACUUCCCAAGUCUUUUUCUCAAGGGUCGGCAAAGAUAUCCGGUAAUUUUUAUCCUCCCAUAUAAGGUUGACUCCUCUAUCCAUACAGUGCUCCAUAGCUCUCGAAUGCCCAUGUGCGAUCAUGGAUUAUCAUGGGCAGCUGUAUUUGCAAAAAUUGCUGAUGUGUUAGUUCUCCCUUCUACACUUUGUUGUAGAAGGCUCCUUUCGACGGCUGAGCCCGUCAUCUUCGACGGUGUGCCAAUAAAUGUGGUUACACUUUGCAAGUCGCAUGCAGUCAUGUCGGCAAUUCCUGCGAUUUCCCGACUUGAGUACAAUGUCAAUCUCAAUCUCAACCUAAAAAACAAUCAAACCGGUCGUAAAAUAGAUGAUCGAGUUUAG